AUGACAGGUCGUCCUCCGCAACAGGGCGGACCGCCACCCGGUGGCCAACGCCGCCUCUCGCAGGGUUCCCAGAGCGGUGGACCUCCUCGCGGGAUGGCUCACCAACGUGGCACGUCGCAGUCUUCCCAACAGGGGCGCCCCCCCAACCUAGAUGUUUCCCAGCAAAUCCCGUCGGGCUCGCCUGGUCCGUCUAGCCCCCGAGGGGCGCCGAACCCGUUUGGACCCGGUUUGGGUUUUGAUCCCGCCCGCAACAAGAUAGAAGAAGCGAAGCGCCGGGAAAAGGUAGUUCCCAACCGGAUGGACCUGCCGCCUGAGGCGUACAGCAUGGCACGUUUAUUUCCUGUUUCCCUUCUUUUUUCUCCUGCCUCAGAUGGCAAGAAGCCACUCUUUGCUGCCCGCCCGGGCUACAACGAGAAGGACAAGCCUCUCAACAUUCGGGUGAACCAAUACCGAGUGGAACAGACCAACAGUGUCACUGUGUACCAAUACGCUGUGUCGCUGGUUCCUGAGCCACCCAAGGCCAUCGUCUACAAGAAGUGCUGGGCGUCUCAUGCUGUCCAAAAGCAACUCGAGCGACAGCCCCAGGUCUGGCUCUACGACGGGCGAAGCUUGGCCUGGUCUAUCUGCAACCAGCCUGGCCCCGUCAAGAUUGCGAUUGACCUGGAUGCCGAGGCCGGCAAGACAACCCGCCCGGGGCAUCCUAAUCAGUAUAUCAUGCUGAUUAGGCAGACAAGUGCCAUCUACCUGGACAGUCUGAUGUCGUACUUGCGUGGGAAGAGCGGGUGGGAUACUCACAUCUUGGAGUGCAUGAACUUUUUCGAUCACGCCCUCCGUCAGAAGCCGUCGCAGUCUAUGACUGCUAUCCGUCGUAAUUUUUAUCACCCGCAGUCGCCGAAGCGCGAUCUCGAUGGCACCAUCUAUGCCGCAAAGGGCAUUUACGCAGCGUUCCGGCUCUCUGAGUCGGUUCGCACGGGUGGCAGCGGUCUCGGUAUUAACGUGGACGUUGCCAACACCACGUUUUGGAAGGAUCAAACUCUUGACAAGCUUGUCAUGAACCUGAUCAACAUUUCCAGCGACAAGUGGAACGUUCGCACUGCCACAGAGGCCGCGCAGCUUUUGCGGCCCAUCCAGUGGCACCUGAACACCAAGCUCAAAGAGCCGACCAUGUCCGACGCCUUCAAGGUCAUGCGUCGCCUCCACAAGCUGCGCUUCAAGGUCUUUCACCGGGGCAAGACUAACGACUCUAAGAUUUACACAAUCGCCCGAUUUGCCUGGCACCAGAGAUUCAUGUUUGAGGGUGCGACGUCUGAGACCUACACGUUCACGCUUCGUAAAACUGGAGAGACUCGGACAGUCUACGACCACUAUCUCAAACAAUACGACGUCCCACUUCAGUACCCGAAGUACCCAGUCAUUGAAACAACACGUGACGGGGCGUUUCCUCUCGAAGUCUGCCAUAUCCUGCCCUGGCAGCGCUACAACUUCAAGCUGAAUGGGCAGCAGACGUCCGACAUGAUCAAGUUCGCUGUUACGCGGCCCGCUGAGCGUGCCAAAAGCAUCAUGGAAAACGUGAAGCGACUUGGUUGGGACUCUGACGAGUAUCUGCGCGAGUUUGGCAUCCGUGUCAACCCCGACAUGUCCAAGGUGCAGGCCCGCCUCCUCAAGCCGCCUGUUGUGAGCUACAAGAACGGCAACGCCACCCCUGGCACAAGCGGACGGUGGGAUCUCCGUUCGAAACUGUUCUACAUCAACAACAAAGGCCGGGAGUUGCGUUCGUGGGGAGUUGCUGUGGUGGACAAUUGUAUGGACUUUCCAGCCGUUCAGAACUUCAUCCGCGUCUUUACCAAGACCUUCAAGGAUCACGGUGGCCUUGUCGAGAAGAACCCACACUUGAUGAAAUUUCCCCGCGGCAAAGAUCUGGGUGACGCGUACCAAGAGGCGUACGAUGCCACGACAAAUGCCAACGGCGGAGAGGAUCCGGUCAUCAUGUUUUGGAUUCUGCCUUCCAAAAACUCCUUUCCGUAUUACCGCUUGAAGAAAAACGGCGAGUGUCGCUACGGCAUGGUUUCUCAGAUGCUGAAUGCAGCGCAUGUUGCCAAAGCCCAGCCCCAGUACUGUUCCAAUGUUUCGAUGAAGGUCAACGCCAAGCUCGGUGGUACCACCUGCCGCGUUCCGGCAGAGGGCGGAUCUCCUUCUGCGCCGGCAUUUUUCAACCAGCCUACCAUGAUCAUUGGUCUUGAUGUGUCGCACGGCUCAACCAACAUGAAAGGCGAGCUGGAGCCCUCCAUGGCCGCCAUGGCCGUGUCGUGGGACAAGGACGCCGCCAAGUACUCGGCAUUUUGUCAGACCAAUGGCUACCGCCAAGAGAUUGUGAAUCCAGUUCGGAUGACCAGCAUGUUUGAAAAGGCACUUCGGAAGUGGACCGAAACGCUCAACUGCAAGAUGCCUGCACAUGUGUUCUACUUCCGUGACGGUGUCAGCGAGGGGCAGUUUAUACAAGUGAUGGACUUUGAAGUUGCCCAAUUAAAGGAAAUCUUCCAGAAGCGUUGUGGUCGCGUGCCGAAGUUCACCGUUAUUGUGGCCACGAAGCGUCACCACAUCCGCUUCUUCCCAGAGCCCAGCUCUGCCGACCGCAAUGGCAACCCACUGCCUGGUACCCUGGUGGAAAAGGAAGUGACCCACCCUUUCCACUACGACUUCUACCUAUGCUCGCACACUGCCAUCCAAGGCACUGCACGCCCAGUUCAUUACCACGUUAUCCACGACGAGGUCAAGAUGCCACCCCAUCUUUUGCAAAAAAUGAUCUACCAGCAGUGCUACCAGUAUGCGCGCUCGACAACCCCGGUGUCUCUACACCCGGCGGUUUACUAUGCUCAUAUAGCUGGUGACCGUGCUCGGGCUCAUGAAAACGUUGAAUCGGAUCGCAAGGACCCGGAGCUCAUCAAGAAAUCGGUGGAGAACUGGACGGCGAAGAAGUCCUCGGGAAGCAUCACGCAUCCGACGGAGUCUCUUCCACUUCUGCCAUUCGGUGCCAAGGAGUCCCAUGAGAAGAAUCGCAACUUCACGCCGUGGACGAUGUGGUUCAUCUAA